AUGACUUCGGAUAGCAGAUCAGGGCCUCGUCGACUUCAGGACGAGUCCCCAUCGUCCGUCCCGCUGGGUGUGAUGGUUGACACAAUGCUGGACGAGCUUCAAGUAGACGGCUGCUUGGGCGAGCUGGGGGACUUCAUGGUGCAACAGAAGGGGGACACAAAUCUAAUACAGGCCGACUGUAGCGGAGGGCUGUCCGAAGACGUUACAGUGCUGGCCGGGGAUGCUGGGCAAGCUGGCGAGAGGCGCGCCGCCGAGCUGCACGCGAAGGCCGCCGAGCAGGGCGACGCGAUUGCGCAAGGCAACCUGGGGCUGUGCUACGAGGUCGGCAGGGGGACGCAGCAGCGCUGGGCGCGUGCUACGCGAACGGUGUGGGAGUGGAGAGGGACGAUGGGCGCCGCAGCCGAUCUGUACGCGAAGACCGCCGAGCAGCGCAACGCAAGGGGGCAGUGCAAUUUGGGCGUGUGCUACGAAAACGGCAAGGGCGUGGCGACGGACGAGGCGCGCGCUGCCGAGUUGUUCGCGAAGGCCGCGGACCAGGGCGACGCAAAGGCGCAGUGCAACCUAGGGGUGUGUUACGAUCACGGCACGGGCGUGGAGGAGGACCAGGCGCAAUCGGCCCAGCUGUACGGGAAGGCCACCGAGCAGCGCAACGCGAGGGGGCAGCCCAAUCUGGGCUGGAGCUGCGCGCAGGGCGGGGGCGUGGAGAAGAUGGACGCGAAGGCGGUCGAGCUGUACAUCAAGGCCGCCGAGCAGAAAGAAGCAGGGGCGUACUCCCGCCUGGCCCGGUGCUACAAGCGUGGCAGAGGCGUGCAAAGGGGGACGAAAUACUCGUCGGGGCAGUUUGUCCUGCAAUGGGGCGGCGGCGGAAAUGACGAUGCAGCUCUGCAGCGCUACCGAUGGGCUGCCGAAUCAGGGAAUGCUGUGGGGCAAUUUCAGUUGGGCUUGUGCUACUACUACGGCCUGGGGGGCGCUGCCAAAGAUUACCCAGCAGCAGUGCUACUGUUUGACAAGGCCGCCCAGCAAGGAUUUUCUCCUGCCGAAGUGAGCCUGGGGUGCUGCUACCAGAGCGGUACGGGCACCGGGCAGGACGUCGGCAAGGCUGUAAGGCUGUUUGAGAGCUCAGCAGGCAAGGGGGAUGCAACGGGGCUAGAGGCGCUUGCGGCAUGCUACUUCUAUGGGACUGGCGUGGCGAAGGAUGAGGCUCGUGCAGUUCAGCUGUUACAGCGUGCGGUCGACCAGGGGGUCCCGUCAGCAGAGGCAUUCCUCGGCUUCUGCUACCAGCAAGGGCGGGGCGUGCAGCGCAACAUUCAAAAGGCCCUAUUCCUCUAUCAUGCCGGAGCUCAGAAGGGAAGUCCAACAGCGCAGUUCAGUCUCGGCCUCUGCUAUCAGACGGGCCUGGGAAUCCCCAAAGACCUACCGCGAGCGGUGGCGCUAUAUGAAGCCGCUGCAAAAGGAGGCCAUCUGGGGGGGCUCGUCAACCUGGGGGAAUGUAUCCUGCAAGGGUGGGGCUGCGAGAAAGACCCCCCCAAGGCGGCAUUAUAUUUUAAGGAGGCAGCUGGGAAGGGUCAUCCCUCGGGCCUCUUCAAACUAGGGUCGUGUUAUUUUGGCGGUGUCUGUCUCGGGCUCUGCUUUCAGAGGGGGGAGGGAGUCCCGCAGAACGUCAUGCGAGCAGUUGAGUUGUAUUCCCAAGCAGCGGAGCAAGACCACCCGGUCGCUCUCUUAUCCCUGGGAAUCUGUUAUCAAUACGGGCUAGGGGUCGAACGCGAUCACGAGCGCGCAGUGGGUUUCUAUGGACGCGCAGCGGAGCGGGGCUGUACGACUGGGCUUGUCAAUUUGGGUUACUGCAUUUUCGAGGGUCUGGGCGUGGAGCGAGACGCGACGCGUGCCGUUUCACUAUUCAGGCGUGCGGCCGAAUCAGGAAGUUCUUCCGGACAAGCCAGCCUGGGGGAGUGUUACUUGAACGGCUGGGGCUUGGAACGCAACCAGGCCCUUGCAAUCCGAUUGCUCGAGUCUGCGGCCCAGAGAGGGGACGCCGUGGGUCAGGUGGUGCUAGGGGCGUGCUUCCGGGACGGACUUGGUGUCGAGAAGAAUCCAGAGAGAACCGCAGAGCUUUUCCGCCUCGCGGCGGAGCAAGGAAACGCCGAGGGGCUGGUGGGGCUUGGGUGGUGUUUCUCAGGGGGCGCAGGAGUUGCCCAGUGCAUGGUGCGUGCCACAGAGUGCUUCGUGCAAGCCGCCAAACGGGGGCACCCAGGUGGGAUGGUCCAAUUGGGCGACUGCUACGCCGAGGGGAAAGGAGUAGAAACGGAUUCAACUAGAGCGGCAGAAUGGUAUCGGCAGGCGGGCGAGCAUGGAUGCCCCCGCGCGCAGGCGAAGCUCGGGGACUGCUACAUGAUGGGGCUGGGCGUAGAGAAAGACGUCGACCGAGGAUGGGCACUAUAUCAGUCUGCGGCCGGGGCGGGUGACCCAUGCGGCUUAGCAAAUCUAGGGCUGUGUUAUUAUUACGGGGUUGCAGUGAGUCGGAGCGCUCCGGAAGCGAUGCGGCUAUUUCAGCUGGCUGCGGACGGAGGCGAUUCGAUGGCGAAAGCUUAUUGCUCGGAGUCACGGUCUGGGGUCGUGAGCGACUUCGAAUGGGCGAUGCGCCUGUAUAGGCAGACCGCGAGCAGCGGAGUUGCGCGAUCGUUGGCGGGGAGAUAUGCGGACAGCCUAGGAGAGUCCGUGUAA